AUGGUUGUGGGUUGCUGUGCGCUGAGCAGCUUAUCGGAAGAGGCUAAAAACCUGAAUGAGGCAAGCAAGCAGAUAGAAAAAUUAAUAGAGAAGGAGAAGAAAAAUUUCAAAUCUACUCAUCGGCUGUUACUGCUAGGUACGCUGGUUUUUCGUCAUUCCAAUUCACUCACAUCAGGGGCUGGGGAGUCCGGAAAGUCUACUAUUGUGAAGCAAAUGCGAAUCCUGCACAUUGACGGUUUCUCAGAGAGCGAAAAACGUGAAAAAAUCGAGGCCAUUCGGAAGAAUCUUAGGGAUGCUAUAUGUUUGAAUUGGAGCGGUCAGAGAACAGGAAACUCCGGGAUUAUAUCCUGGAGCAUGCUUCCAAACCGGAUUUCGAAUACCCUCCGGUUGGUUCUCUCCAUCUAUGAGUGCUUAUUCAACAAUCAGCCAAUCCCUAGCUUCCUUGAUAAAACCGAAGAACUGGGGCGACCAGAUUACAUUCCAUCCGAGCAGGAUAUCCUACGCUGCCGAGUUCUAACAUCAGGAAUUUUCGAAACGAAGUUCAGUGUUGACAAGGUCAAUUUCCACAUGUUCGAUGUGGGUGGUCAGAGGGAAGAGCGUCGGAAAUGGAUUCAAUGCUUCAACGAUGUCACGGCUAUCAUUUUUGUUGCAGCGUGUUCUUCCUACAAUAUGGUUUUACGAGAAGACCCCAGUCAAAAUCGAGUUAAAGAAUCUCUUGAAUUACUGGGCUCGAUCUGGAACAACCGCUGGUUACGAAAUAUAUCUGUGAUCCUUUUCUUGAACAAACAAGAUUUGCUGACCGAAAAAGUCCUUGCAGGCAAAUCCAAGAUUGAAGUUUAUUUCCCCCAUUACGCUACCUAUCAAGCUCCCGCGGAUACCCUAGCCGAAUAUCAUCACGAUAACCCGGAAGUGGUUCGUGCCCGGUUCUUUUUCCGUGACGAGUUCCUUAGAGUAACGUCAAACAACAACGGUGGUCGUCACUAUUGUUAUCCACAUCUAACGUGUGCGGUGGACACAGAAAACAUUCGACGUGUCUUCAAUGACUGUCGAGAUAUAAUCCAGCGAAUGCAUCUCCGACAGUAUGAACUUUUUUUCAACAUCAACUAUUUGGUUUCGCAUGAUUGUUAUUCUUUUCUCUCUGUUGUACCGGCGAACACACUGUCUGGCGCGUUUUCACACCACCACUGCGUUAUGUUUGCCACGUUCAUCGAUAUUAAUUUUGCCACUGGCGCUCGUUUUUCUUUUUCUUUGAAUUGUUUCCCUGACUUGCUUUUAUUCGUAAUUUGCCAGUUAUCAGUUCUCUCCGCUUUUUGUGCCAUCGAACAACUUCCAGAGAGCGCGACUACGACGCAUAGGUAUGUGUUUGUUUCCGUGCAUCCUUCCAUUCUUCGGUUGUCAAACCAGACCUACUCUGAGCACCUCCCCUCACCCACUUACCCGUCGCCACUGUACAGCCAAAAAUGUGUUUUGGACUGA